AAGCGGGAGGGUUCACGCAGCCCAUGAACGCCUGACCCCCAGAACAUAAAUAUCCUAUUCCGAACCCGUCUUGUAGCCUUUUCCUUUCCUCAUCAGAUCACUCUCACACAACAGCUUCACUUCGCCUUUCGACAGCUAGUCUCUCGCAGCCUUUUUCGACUCUUACAUCUUUCGCAGCCUCGGCUUCAUUCGCUCUUCAGCAUCUUCUCAACCUUUUCUAACCAACCAACUACCCGCAUCAACCAUCAAAAUGCACGCCAAGGCCGUUGCUCUUUCUCUCGCCGCCGCGGCGGUUGUCCACGCUAAUCUCCGCAUCAACCAGAACGACAUCCCCCAGGACUGCUCUGCCAUCUGCCGCCCCGUCCGUGACCUUGGCAACAUCUGCACUGUCAACUUCGUCCCCGGCCAGGGCAACAACAACAGCGAUCAGCUCCAGGAUGAGCUCGAUUCGCAGUGUGUCUGCACCAACAACUCCUUCGACUUGAAGAACUUGGCUGGCCAGUGCAACGCUUGCAUGAUCGAGAAGGUUCCCUCCGACCAGCAGCGCAGCCUUGAGGGUAUCCAGAGCAUCAUGAACGUUUGCCAGCUGCCCAGCGCCAGCGGUUACGCUUCCUCAUCCACCUCCCUCGCCAACACCGUCAUCGUCCUCGCCACCCGUCUGACUGCCAGCAGCCAGCUUACCACCACCUUCGGCGGCGGUGCCCAGACCACCGAGUCCUCCUCCAGCCGUACUCAUUCCAGCGAGCGCUCCACCAUCACCACCACCUUCCUCACCUCCGGCAACGGUGGCCUUCCCUCCAUCGCUACCUCCACCAUCGUUGGCGGUGGCCGCCAGACUGGCAAUGCUGCCCCCGGCCUCCACACCCCCGGCAGCAACGGCAUGCUCGGCGCCGUCGGUGCCAUCGUCGCUGGUGCCUUUGCUCUUGGUGCUUUCAUGCUCUAA